GCGUUGAUACGCGCGCCGGAAAUGCAGGCCCCGCGCCGCCCCUGAAGCGCCAUGGCUCCGCUCUGAGGUAAAAAAAGGGCGGCCAUGGCGCCGAUGGGGAUCCGGCUAUCCCCGCUAGGGGUGGCCGUCUUUUGCCUGCUGGGCUUGGCCGUGCUCUACCAUCUCUACUCGGGCUUCCUAGCCGGCCGCUUCGCCUCGUUCGUCUUGGGCGGGCCUCCCGCUCCGGCCAGCGUCUUGGUGGACUUGCGGGAGUUGCUGGCGGCUUCGGUGGCUGCGGCGGUCCGCGGCGGGGCCGAGGUGCGUCGGGUUCGUGAGGAGAACGUGCUCCACGUCCGGGCUAAAGGGAAGACCCGCGAAGGGGCUGAGGAGAAGAUGACCAGCGGCGACCUUCUCUCCAACCGCAAGAUGUAUUUCCUCCUCAAGGCCGCCUUCCCCGGCCUGCAGAUAAACAGCGAAGAGCACUGGGGUGAAAAAGACCCAGAGAUUGUCUCCUGGGACCACACCAUUCCCGAUGAUAUUGCGAGGCAGGUCCAGCCAAAGUUGGUUCCAGUCGAGAGUCUCACCAUGUGGAUCGAUCCCUUGGAUGCAACUCAGGAAUACACAGAGAAUCUUUCUCAGUACGUCACCACGAUGGUGUGCGCGGCGGUGGACGGGAAACCAGUCAUCGGCGUCAUUCAUAAGCCAUUUUCUGGAUAUACCGCUUGGGCGAUGGUCAAUGGCGGGUCCAACAUUCAGCCCCGCUCUUCCUACAACGAGCGGACGCCAACCAUCAUCGUGUCGCGAUCCCAUGAAGGGAAAGUCAAGCAGGUGGCCUGGCAGAGUUUCGGCAACCAAACUGCCAUCAUUGAAGCCGGUGGAGCCGGAUACAAAGUUUUAUCUCUCCUCGAUGUGCCCGAAGCAAAUCAGGAGAAAGCCGACGUCUACAUCCAUGUCACCUUCAUCAAAAAAUGGGACAUUUGCGCCGGCAACGCUGUGCUGAAGGCGCUCGGCGGCCGCAUGACCACCUUAGCUGGGGAGGAGAUCAGCUAUGCGGGCUCCGAGGGUAAUGAAGAUGGCCUCAUCGCCAGCAUCCGGAUGAACCAUCAAGCCCUUGUUGAAAAACUCCCCGCCUUCGCCAAAACCUCACAAAAUUGAAAGGCGGGAAUAAAACCCCGUGCGAGCUACUUAAAAUGAAUCCCGGUGAAAGAGGAGGAUGGAAAGCGAGGGGCUUCUUCAGGACCAGAAUCUUGCCACAGUGGCGUUUGGAGAAGAUGAUCAGAGUGCGGGUGGGAUGGGCUUCGGAGUCGAGGUUUUUCAUUUUUAAAUUUUGAGACGGUUCUGGUGGCCGAACGCUACCGAGAAAUCGAGAGAUGGCUUCUUUGUCCGAAACGAAAUCUCUGGAUUUCUUCGUAACGUCUGGAAGGGCUUGGAUAUUAUUUCUUCUUUUUUGGGCCGAUACAAUACGAUUUCCUCCCAACGGACGAUCCUAACUAAAGCAACAAGAAGGAACCCGAUUUUUACUUGAAAAUGCAAACCAGCGUCAUGUGGAGGAGCGUUACUCUCUCUCUUUCUCUCCCUCUCUGUGGGUUUUAAUUAUUUUUAUUAUGAGAACAUUGCUUUGUUCCCCCACGUGUCAUUGCGAAGAACGGUGUGCCCCUGUGCGGUUCCCGACUACUGAAUAUUAUUGCCAUGAUAAAACCU